AUGACUGUCAACGCGAAGGCCAAAAAGGACAAUGAUCCUUGCCAUGUGACAGCGUCGCUGAAGGAACCCUCGUACCCAAGCAACUGCCUUGAAUUUCUGAAACCCUUCAGAGCAGAUAGUGAGCCCAGUAAAUGCGCUCCAAAUAUCACUUUCAACAUUAUCGUGGUUGGAGCAGGACUUGGGGGAUUAGCCACAGCAAUCGCGCUAGCAGUCAAAGGACAUGCCGUGACUCUGUACGAGCAAACGGCAGAGCUGGGUGAGGUUGGGGCAGGGAUUCAGGUCCCACCGAAUUCCUCGCGUUUGUUGCUCAAGCUUGGCCUGGGGCCCUAUCUCGAGAAUUAUGUCUCUCAGCCGGAGGGGAUCUCUUUCCGAAGAUGGGAGAAUGGCAAAGUAAUAGGCCAUACGAGGUUGAUUCCCGGUUUCAGGCAGACGUUUGGCGGCCCGUACUAUGUCAUCCACCGGGCUGAUUUCCAUUCCGCGCUGUAUCGACGUGCUUUGGAUCUGGGUGUCACGGUGAAGCUCGCCUGCAGAGUGGUUGAUUACAAUCCACAAGUCCCUCGAAUCAAGCUUGAAGAUGGACAGUCGUUCGAGGCAGAUUUAAUCGUUGCAGCAGAUGGGAUCAAGUCGAUCGCAAGGACGAAACUACAUGGGGAUAUCGAAAAGCCUCUUGAGAAACCUGGCUUCGCCGCAUAUAGGGCUACCGUGGACGUGAACCUUAUAAAACAGGAUCCUGAACUCUCGUGGCUGCUCACACAGCCCUCCUUGAAUCUGUGGGUCGGCAAUCAGCGACAUGUCAUGACUUACACUAUUGGCGCUGGAAAAUCAUUCAACAUGGUACUCUCGCAUCCCGACCAAACAGAUCCAUCGACCUGGGAUCAGACAACCGCCCUGCAUGACAUGCGAAACGAAUUCGAAGGCUGGGAUCCAAAACUCACAAAGAUCAUUGGUCUCAUCAAGAAGACCAUCAAAUGGCCUCUUCUUACCGCGCCGCCGUUGUCGCGAUGGGCUAAAGGUCACACCGUGAUUGUCGGAGACGCAGCCCACGCCAUGCUGCCGUACAUGUCGCAAGGAGCCGCGAUGGCAGUGGAAGAUGGUGUGGCAUUAGCGCAGGCUUUGUCAAAGAUUAGCUCGCGCUCAGAGAUCCCAAAAGCACUCUCCACCUUCGAGGCUGUGCGGAUCAAAAGAUCUGGUCAGAUGCAAGAAGCCAGUCUCUUAAAUGGAAAACUGUGGCACUUUGCAGACGGUCCACUGCAGGAGGCGCGAGACGCAGCUAUGCUACCAGAAACUCUAGGGGUGUCAUUCUCUCAUAGCCCUAACCAGUGGAGCGAUCCAGCGACACAGAUGUGGUGUUAUGGAUAUGAUACUGAGAAGGAGAUAGACAGGGCAUUCGAGCGGAGAAAGGCUACUGAGAAGAGUCAUUUAUAG